CACGACAGACUCCAGACUUCCGUUGUAAUUCAUUAUGAUAAUACUGGUGACCAUAAAAGGCAAAGUAAUACACAGAGUAACCAUGACAACUGAUGAGAAAAAAAUGGAGGAAAACAAUAAAAGCGGUUGUGCUCGUUGUGAAGACGCUGGGAGGAAUGGAGGUAGUCUUUUUUACGACUUUGUCCUGUCAAUCUGCCAAAGCCGACAGUUUACUGCUUUCAUCCUUCUCAUAAUUUUUCUGGACAAUAUAUUGAUAUUUGAUCUGAUCAUUCCUGCUCUGAAAAAUGUUCCUGCUUUUUCUAAGGUCACAGACGGGUUUUUCCUGUUAAUGUAUGUGGUGGAGUUUUUUAUGAAGGUUUAUAUUGACCCACGAGGUUACUGGAGAAAUCCUCUAAACAUCCUUUCUUCCAUCGUUGUGAUGCUUUCAUGCAUUUUUGUGUUUCUGGGCAUCACAACGCACAACACAAGUGUGCGUGUCUUUCUAACAUUCAGGCUCACAGAGAUACUACAUAAGCAAGAAGUUUUACAGGUAUUGGCAGCUGCCUACUGGAGGGGAGCAAAGAGGGCGGUGUGUUUGGUUGGAGUAGUAUGUCUGACGAUGAUUACAUUCGCUCUAAUUGGGCAACAUUUGUUUGGUGACAACUGGGUAGACCUCAGGGAAAGUCUCGUGAUUCUGUUCUCCUUGGCAACGUUAGAUGACUGGAGACUUUUCCAGCAGAUAUUGUAUGACCAGGGGAUGAACUUAAGCUGGAUCUACACAAUGAGCUUCCUGAUUCUCGUCCACUUUCUCCUGAUUCCUGUCAUUACUCAGUUGUUUACUAUAGAGAUGAGUAAUAUUACUGAGGAGAUGCAGAAAGUCAUGAAGGACACCCAAAUAAAGAAGCUUCAAGACUUUCAGGAGCACCUUAAUCAAGAGACAAUGAUUAUAGAGCUGCUUCAGGAAGAGAGGGACGGAGACUUGGAAAGAGCUAUGAAGCAGAUUGAACAGACUCUGAGUCAUGAUAAAACUACAGUGACGGAAAGCCAAUGCAGUAGUGCAUCUUUCAUCAGAGCACAUCUGACAGUGCAAACACACCAUGAAACCAUCAUAGAGCUACAUCAGCUCUACAGUGAUAUGAUCCAACUACUUAAGGAGCUGCUAAAGUGGAAGCUCAAUGAGGAACGAAGCAGGAGCGCAAGCAGAAAAUUUAGGAUCUUAAAUCAGCCUGCAAUUUAAUUGUUUUUAUUUUUCCCAAAAUAACUAUAUUACUGACAAAUCUUUUAAUAAUAAAUAGAAUUAACUCACAGAAA